CUUCACGUGUCCAGAGUAGAAGACAUUCGUUUUUUUGCCAUACUCACAUUCCCCUCGCUCACGUCGACGCGGCUGCAAGCGCUGGUCUGGAAGAGCAAGUUGCCCGCCAUGAACUACAUAUCAAACCUCGUCAACUCGGAUGCGGUUAUUAAUCCCCUCCUGGACAAUGGCUACCUCCCACAUGCGGUGAUCCGUGUAGGAAUCAGGCGCCAGCUAGCCGAUCGCCUACAGUCGAUAGCAACUACGUCCCUGGAGUCUGCUUACGAGACCAAGAUGAAGUACGUCAAGCUUCUCCGGGAAAGGCCAAUUGCAAUUGCGACUGCGACGGCAAACGAGCAGCACUAUGAGGUAGGGACGAGUGUUCUCAAGGGCAUGUUAGGCCCGCGGAUGAAGUAUUCGGCCUGUUUGUAUGAGAAGGGCGGGGAGACGCUGGCGCAGGCCGAGAUUGCCAUGAUGCGAUUAUAUAUCGAGAGGGCCGAAUUGAAGGAUGGAAUGAGCAUUUUGGACCUUGGAUGUGGCUGGGGCUCAGCAUCCCUCUUCAUGGCGGAAAUGUUCCCCAACUCCAAAAUCACUGGUUUUUCAAACUCAAAAACACAAAAAGAGUACAUUGACAGCGUUGCUGUAUCAAAAGGACUAAAGAACUUGACCAUCAUCACGGGCGAUGUUGUCGACUAUGAGUUCCAGCCCGAGGCAUACGACCGCGUCAUUUCCAUUGAGCUCUUUGAGCACAUGAAGAAUUACCAGCUUCUGCUGCGUAAAGUCAGUUCUGCUCUGAAACCUGGUGGCAAGCUCUUUGUUCAUAUCUUUGCGCACUGCACGACUCCGUAUGAUUUCGAAGAGGGUUGGAUGACGGAGCAUUUCUUCACGGGCGGUACUAUGCCUUCGGCUGAUUUAUUGCUGUACUUCCAAGAUGACUUGAGAGUCAAGAACCAGUGGUGGGUGUCUGGUAUGCACUACUCAAAGACGUGUGAGGAUUGGUUGGUUACCAUGUUGAAGAACAAGGAGAGUAUCUGGAAAGGACUGGUAGAGACGUAUGGAGAGGAGGGUGCGUUGACUUGGUGGAAUAGGUGGCAGGUUUUCCACAUGGCUUGCUCCGAGUUGUUCAGGUGGAAUGGGGGCGAUACAUGGGGUGUCAGCCACUAUCUGUUUGAGAAGCCUUCCGCAUAAGUUACGAAGACUGGUGAGAGUUGCUGAAGGCGAGUGCAGACUCGCAUAAUGUCUAAAAAAACUAAAUUCAUAGAUAUCACUCUGAAUUUCAUGAAACCGUAAAAUGAAGAAUCAACAAAACUGCAUAUGACGCGAUUGCUCUAUUUUGCAUUGAUGCGAACUUCUUGGCGCUGUUCACACGGGACAUUGCAGCCACUGGCUGUGGUGUCUAUCUCGAGCACUCCAUUGUCUGUGCAAUUGAGCAUGCCUCGUGUGGAUAUCUUCUAGGCUCUCUCUCCACGCCCAACGCCCUGCAUUCAUUGUUCAAUGGUCCCAUGGGUGCUUCCAGCCCAAAAGCGCGGGGCCGUCCUUCUUCGCGCGGUACAUCAACUGCACCUGUUAGCACCUGUAUCGCUCCUACCAGAUCUCUAACAUACGAAGAACCACAUUGACGCGCCGAGACCCGUUGCCAUGAAUCGGUAUAGCGGC